AAAUGGCUAAUAGUUAUGCAUGAGAAGCUGUCAACUUGUCAGUUAUCAUAAUUUUUUUAAUGAAUUGUUGACUUUUCGAUUUUUUGGAGUUAAUAUUAUAAAUAAUUUUGACAUUUUGAUUUAAUUCAAUCCUUUCUAAUAUAAAUUAUCAGAAAAAUGCCUGUACGAAGAGCACUACACGCAGGUAGUUGGUACACCGACUCAGGAGCAGAAUUAUCUAGACAAUUAGAUUAUUGGUUAAAUCAGGCUGAUUUAAGUCACGGACCAGCAAGAGCUAUUAUAGCACCACAUGCCGGAUAUCAAUAUUGUGGUGCAUGUGGGGGUCAUGCUUAUAGACAAAUAAGUCCUGUUGUUGUCCGACGUAUUUUCAUUUUGGGACCUUCUCACCAUGUUCGCCUAUCUGGUUGUGCCUUGUCCAGUGCACAGAAAUAUAAAACACCUUUGUAUGAUCUCCAUGUAGAUUCUCAAAUUAAUAGUGAAUUAGAAAUGACGGGUCAGUUUGAAUGGAUGGAUUUAGACACUGACGAAAAUGAACACAGUAUUGAAAUGCACUUACCUUACAUAGCUAAAGUAAUGGAAAAUUUCAAAAAUCAAUUCACUAUUGUUCCUAUCUUGGUGGGCUCUCUAAGUCCUGAAAAAGAAGCUUGCUAUGGACGAAUUUUGUCAAGUUACUUAGCCGAUCCCAAGAAUCUCUUUAUUAUUUCUUCUGAUUUCUGCCAUUGGGGGCAUAGAUUUAGAUACACUUACUAUGACCGUUCUUAUGGUAAUAUUUAUCAAUCUAUUGAAGGAUUGGAUAGAGUAGGAAUGAAUAUUAUUGAAAACUUGAAUCCUACUGAGUUUACUAAUUACCUGAAAAAAUACGGCAAUACAAUUUGUGGAAGACAUCCUAUUGGAAUUCUCUUACAGGCAAUACAAGAAUUACUCAGGAAUGACAGCAGCCAGAGUGCCAGUUUAAAAUUUUUGAAAUAUGCACAAUCGAGCCAAUGUCGUAAUAUGAAUGAUUCAUCUGUUAGUUAUGCAUCUGCAGCUUUAGUGAUAGAUUAGUACAAAUGUGGCCUUAACAGAACUGUUUUUCAAUUGCCAUUUUCAAUCUCGUGUUUAUUAGAUAUUAUUUAUCUAAUAAAACAGAUUCAUUUACAUAUUUGUUUGUUUAAUUUUUGUACUUUUUGUUUAUUUAAUCAGUUGAAUAAUAUAAAACAUUGUCCAUCGUAUCAAUUAUGUAAGAAAAUGUAACAAAUAACAUUUUUGCUCUGUCCAGCAUUUAAGCAAUACACUAUGUGAUGUAUUUAAUUUCUUUAAAUGUAUAUUUUCAAAUUGAAUACACAACACCUCUAAUAGUUGUAGAAUUACACCACCCCUGUAGAUGAUACGCAGUGAUUUUUUUAAUAAGUGCAUGAUUGAGUUCCGGUUUUGUUUUUUUUAACUGUCAUUCUUUUUAUAGAUAAUCUAAGGAGGUAGAUGAUCAAUGGUGACAUUUAAAAAUUUUUGUCUUCGUUAUUAACCCAUUUGCAGCCAAACUCUAAAAAUUGCUUUUCAUUAUAAGUUUUGAUAACUCAACAAUGGAAAAAUAGUGAAAAGAAUCGUUCUUAAAAUUCAGCAGUUCCACAAAGAAAACAGAAUUGUUACAAAUUUUGAACCUGGCUUCGGGAGUCACAUUAUUAAAAAAAAAAUAAAAAAAAGAACAUUAAUAUUAAUUAUAUAACUAAACUAAACACUAAAACUUAGUAGAUUUAGCAUAAUGAAACAGUUUAAAACUGCCAAAGGGAUGUAGAUUCACUGUACAUAUACCACAAACAAAUAUCAUAUUUUUUUUGUACACUCUGCAUCUAGUUUGCUUCAUGGAGUUUAGGUAAUGCAAGACUGAUAUAUUUUUUGACAUUGCAUUGCAUUUACGAAUAAUGAUGCACCGAUGUAUCUGAUAAAACCUAGUAAAUCAAAGUCGCAAGAAUUUUCAAUGUAUUAAUCACCAUUGAUUGCUCUUUUUUUCAGAUCCUUUGAAACUCUAUAUAAAAUCCAUACUUUGGAAAUGAAACUAAUAUAACUAAUUUAUAAUUGCGGACAGUAAUUAGAAAUAUUUCUGUCCAUUAAAUCAGAGCCGCCAGUAUGGGUGCUGAAUAGCAUGUGGCAUUUCCAACAUGAUGUAUUUUUUUUGAACGUCCCAAAUUUAUCACCUGGUGGUAACUGACCAUUAUCAAGAAAAUAAGGGUUUUGUAAAGUAUCUUGAAAUUUGUUCCUUGGCAUCCCCUUAGCAACUGCUUUAUUUUGAAGGUCUGAAUCCAUACUCCAAUACAUAUCCUUCCAGAGAUUAAUAAGAUCGAGAAAAAAACCUUCAAUUCUUCCACUAUCACAGUAAAAGAUGUGUUUGUAUUUUACCGGGUGGCAUAAAGUAUGGUUUGUUUUUUAUAUAUUCAAAAAAGUAUCACUACAAAACAAUUCGAAAAAUUUGUGGGGGUUUUCCUUUGGUUGGGCCAAUGUCGGAAGCUGCAACACAUUCUCCAGUAAGACCUGCUCUGGGUCCUCACUAACUGAUGACAAGUCCUGUUCAUACCAUUUUUUUUGCUUUGAAGAUAGCUUCAUCUGUUCACUUUAUCGUGCGUAUUUUACCAAAGCUCGUCAUAAUCGGUGCUUGAUUAGUGAUGUUCUGUACUACCAUGUAUUACAAAAGUAGGUUUAGCUGGUGCGUCUAAGAUCUUUGGUGAAAAUUUUUCAAAAAUAUCUUGUUCGGUUUCUGGUAAUUCAGAGUCACUGUCGGAGUCCUCUUCAUGAAGUUAAUCGAUUCAGAGUCUUUGACGAAAUAGAUUUUUUUUCCAUAAAAACAUGCAUUUUCUGAAACAAAUAUAACGUAACAAAAAUAGAAGUUAUGUAUUGCAGAUAAUUAUCAAAUAUCUAUUUUGCUGAUACCUACCCCUAAUCAAAAUAUCAAGAAUUAACUUUAUUAUAAACAAUUUAAAAUUUUGAAUAAUCUGUUUAUUCUACACUGAUCUGAAAACACAAAUCUACUCAUUCUGCAAACAUUUUAAUCAAACUGGACUGCAAUGUCCACUUUUGUAAAAUAACCCUAAAAAUUUAGCAUCAACAUGUACUUUGGACUAUGUAAAAUGCUUUUAAGAAAAUCGAAAUAGAACCACUAGCUACCUUUAUGAACUAAUAUCGUAAAUGUAGGUAGUUCCAAUGCUGCGAAUGGGUUAAUGGAGGUACAAGAGCUCUUUAGUGCAAUGUUAUCUUAUGAUCAAUUUUCAAAUUAUUUGAGGUGUAUAUAACAUGUUGGAAUAGAAAUGUUUCUAACAAAUUUUUAUAUUUGUCUUGUUGCAAUAAUCUCAAUGUUGUCUGCAAAUGUAGCUAGAGUGAAUAGUUCCGAUAUCUUGCAUUUAGAUCCAAGAUCCUUCAUAAUAAUGAAGAAGUGAAGAUAAACACACUAUUUUUGUUUUAGUUACUGAUGGACUAAGGCCGACACCGUCCACGAUGCGACUGUUUUGAAAUAAAGGUGGUAAACCAGUUGAUCUUGCAACGGUUUGGCAAAGUAUAACAGCAGGGAGCCGCACACGAGGUGACUCGAAUGAAACUAGUUUACAAUUGGUUGUACGUGACCUUAAUUCCGCCGUCGCAGGUGUUGUUUCAUUUGAUUAUCUCAUGUUUUUUUCAAUACGAGUGAUCAAGAACUAAACCUCAACUUUGCGUCAAAUAAAAUAUUAUAAACUGUUUGAGACAGUCUAGAGUUCACAUUUUGACUUAGGUAUGGAUGGAUCCAAUAUUCUCUUUGUACCCAGCAUUCUCUGCGGUAUUGAUAAUAAUCAAUGAGGUCUUCCUCAUCUGAGUCUGAAUACAUUGAAAAAUUACGUUUCACUACUACAUCAACUGAUUGCGAGUCGUAUCCGUGUGCGCUCAAAAGUUUUUUUUUGAUUGCAAAACUGUUGCAAGAUCAACUGGUUUGCAAUAUUUGUUUUAAAACAGCUGAAUCGUGGGUGUUCGGUCUAAAAGUGACAGUUAUUUUACUACCAAGAUGAAUAAUAUCGUAAUAAAGGUAUCUGUGACAUUUUCAAUUUUACUUUUAGAAGUUUCUGCUUAAUGCUAAAUACAACUUUAUUCUCAUAAUUGAGUGUCCCUACUAAAUCACUAUAAAAACAUUUGAUUAGUUUUUUUUGUUUUUAGGUCAAAAAAUUUUUAUUGGACGUACACUACCGGUCAAAAGUUUUUGCCCUUCCUUUAGUUUGCAUGAUAGACAACAAAUCAAAAACAUAUGAUGUAAAAUGAAAUGUAAGAACUUAUUUGUAUGACUUCAUUUGCAUUUUAGAUUGAACGAAAUUUACCGGUAUCAGAACCAAAUUAGAAUAAUUUUUUCUUCAUCUUUUUCUUAUAACCACAUCUCACAGGUUUUCACUUUUCACGACUUUUAUAUUGAUAAAACUUGUAUUCCAUUUAUGUCUGUGUCAACUUUGUUUUUUAUAACUUUUCUCGAUGAAAUGAGAACUAAUUCUGACUUACGGCACUGUUCAUGGUGCAUACAAUCGCGAGUUGUAAUAGCGACACUUGGCGCCUCUCGCGGAAUCUAUUAAUACUAAUGAUAUGGCACUAUUCUUAAAGUAUACAAUGGACGGAAAUGUCAUUUGUAAAUUAUUUUGGGAUAUGGCAGUAUUGAAAUCUUGAAAUAAGAGUGCGAUAUAUAGAUAAGAAUAUAGUAAUAAAAAGACUAGUCUGUAAUUGAUCUUUUGCUUUUAUUAUAUCGAUUAAUAAUUUUGGCAUUCUCUGUAACAAUUCCAAAGAUGUGAAAUUCUUUCAAAUACUCUUUGCACAACUUCAAGGAAUGCAUUCCAUUUUUUUCAUUUUUCUAGUGGCCCUUUCUCCAAACCAUCAUUGAGACCCUGUCGUGUUUUACUUUUUUUGACCCUUGACAAACUUUCUUAGACUCAAAAACAUCAAACUUUGACUCAUCACGCCAUAAACUCCCUCCCAGUCUUCAUGCGCACAAUGUUCUUUAGUCCACUGCAACCUCAUAAUUUCAUUUUGACGUCUUACAAGAGGCUUCUUCACUGUCACCAUUCCAAAAAGGACAGUUUCUCUCAAGUUCUUUUCAUUGUAGAACUACUAAAAGGCAGAUAGCUAGAAUCAUUGAUCUGAGCUGCUAUCUGUGGGCUCGUUAUUCGUGGAUCAAUACAAAAUGUUUAUCUUCAAGGGUUGUGAUGUUUCGAGGCUGCCGUGAAAGUUUUCCAUCGCCAAAGCUCCUGAUGGAUGAAUAUUUUUUCACGCUGUAGUCACCCUUCCAAACUGGGACUAAACUGCAAUCAUAAUUCACAGUUAAAGAAUAUUAAAAGUAAACAAAUAUGGGACACUAUUAUUUUUGGUUUGUACCUUCGCUUGACAAUAUGAAACAGAAAUUUCUUUAUGUUUUGGAAUUUAAUGUAUUUAUUGAUUAUAGGGUGGGCAAAAACUUUUUACCGGUAGUAUACUUAUCAUUUAGAUUUGUUUAAAAAGCAAUAACUGAUUUAGCAGGAUCUGUUAUCUCAUUAAAAUAAAUAAUUGAAACUAGUAAACAAAAUUUAUCUAUGAAUUGAUAUUGUUUUUAAACCUGGUAUCUCUUCUUCCUAUUUAUUUAUCUUAAUGUCCCUUUUGCUGCCAAUUAAUCAUUUUACACUGACUUGCAGGAAUUAGAUAUCAAAUAAAUCAACACAGAAACCAAAUGGCAUAUUACAUAAACAAAAAACAAUUUUAUCCACUUGUGUACAGAUAAGGAUUUUUCAAUUCUUGAAUUACAAAUGACAGCUUAAGUUACUCUAUUAUUAGAUAUACAGGGUGUUGCAGAUGACUUUGAUUUCUAUCCGAUACAUUCAAUAAAGUUUUGUGUUUUAUAACAAAACAUUUUAGACUUCUGAUUCAGUAAGUCUUUUGAAACACCCUGCAUAUUUGUAGUAUAAAUGUGUAGAAUUUACUGAACACUCUGUUUAUACCAACAUUCACAAUUACAAUGUCUGACGCGCGUUACGAUAACCAAGUUAUCGUCUUCAGAGACUGAAGGUAAACCAGUGUAAUUGUGAGUGUUGAUGUAGGGUAGUGUAAAAAGUGUGUUCGGUAUAAAUAUCACCAACGAUUCCAGGAAUUCUAAAUUUGUAGAGUUUACUAAUCAUGACAUUUUGCAACUAGUUCUUCAAGUAUAGUUGAAAGAUUUGUUCAUUUUUUCUUAUACAAAAACGGUUAACAUCUAGACAUUUCUAAUUGGUUCACCAAAGUGGGACAGAGGGAGACGUAUGCAUAAAAUAUAAUAAAAUCGCGUUUAAUACAUAUGGUGGCGCCAUCUAGUGUCAUAUACAGAAGCUGUAAUUACGAUACGAACGAAUCAGUCGGGAUUUUAGAUAUUCCGCGUUUUAGAAGUCCGGAUUUACGAUGUUCAACUGUAUAUUUUCUUGAUUUUAAUUUUUCAGCCCAAAAUAUAGAUUAUUUCUCGAAUCAAAAGUCAGUUACAUUUGUGAAAAUCACUUGUUAAAAUAUUUAUUUUUGUUUUAAUUCAUUUUUCUGAAAAUUUUUGAAUUUUUGGAAUGUAUAGCAACAAAGUACACUGCAGGCCAAAAGUUCAAGGCUGCCUUAAUUAAAGUAGGAAAAUUAAAUUUAACUCCAAGUGUUUAAUUAAACUUUUAAAUCAUCCAAUAAAAAACUUUUUGACAACCAAUAUACUCAAAAAGCGUAAAAAAUAUUAACAAAUAUUAACAAUCCAUCCACCAUUCGCAUAAAGCAUUCCUCAUUUCUUUUGUAAAGAUGGAUCACAAUUCCGGACAAAGCAAUUCCCACAAAAUUUCAAUCGGAUUGAGAUCCGGGCUCUGAAGAAAUAUCUUCUUCAAUAUUUGGAACUAUGCUUGGGAUCAUUGUCUUAUUGGAAAAUAAAUCCAUCUCCAAUUAGUUACUGACCCGAAGGAACGGCAUUUUGUUAUAAAUCUUUUGUAUUAUUAGACAAUUACGGUCGUUCCUAUCAAGUUCUUCCCACAAAUCCCACAAAAUUUCAAUGGGAUUGUGAUCCGUGCUCUGAGGUCACACCAUGUUUAUUAGUACCCAUUGUGCCUCUUUGUCUUCCAAGUACUCUCUUCAAUAUUUGGAAUUAUGCUUGGGAUCAUUGUCUUAUUGGAAAAUAAAACCAUCUCCAGUUAUCCACUAAUCCGAAGUAACGGCAUUUUGUUUUAAAAUUUUUUGUACUGUUCCAUUUUCAUAAUUUCGUAAAAUUUUGAUCAAAUCUCCAGUUCUAUGGCUAAAAAAGCAACCUUAGACCAUAAUUGAGCCAUCAUAAUGCUUGAUUGUUGGAACUACACAAUCUGGCAUAAUCUUUUCUUGGGCACUUCGUCGAACGUAAAUAGCUCAAACUUAGAUUCAUCGGCCACAGAAUUUUUUUCAAAUUGUCUUCAGUCCCGAUGGGCAAGGGCCCACCGCAUAAGUUUUUUCUUGUUUUGUGGCUUGUAGCAUAGCAUUUCUAGAUCGCCGUUUUACUGUAGUCAAUGAUGAAGGUUUUUUUUACUUCAACGCGGAUUUUCGGUGCUGUUAAGCGUCUGGUAAAAACAAUUAAAUUAUCUUCACUUGAUGUGGUAUCUCGUGAACGAUCUUGAAAACUGUUCUGCCUCGUGUCUCCCUGAAUCGAGUUAUUAUUUUAAGACGUCUGCACAAGUUUAGACUGAGAUUGUUUGUGAACAAACCCAUGUAAUCUCAGGUAAGUCGGAAGCCCGUGUUUUUAGAAGCUGAAUUGUCCAUAUUAUUGACCGAUGGGAAACAAAAGCAAAGCAAUUAGUUAUUAACAGCUUUUGUUGGUGUUUGAAUACAAUAAAUGUUUUCUGUCCAAUAAGUUGGAAAUUAAUGAAAGAAUGAUGUUUUUAGAUAUUUGAUAUUGACAAUAGAAUAUAAAUACAGGUGAAUAUUUCUUUUAUUUAUUUCAUGGGGUUUCCUUACAGUAACUAGAUAAUUAUGUUUUAAUGUGGUCUUUGGGAACUUUUGGCCGGCAGUGUAUAUAAAAAAACUAGGAUAAUUGUUCAUGAUUUGAAGAGAUAAUGAUUCAAACCCGUGUAUUAGAUUGUUGUAAACAACUUUAUAACAUUUUAUACAGCAUUAAUCGGAUAUUUAAUUUUGAUUCAAACAUUGACUCAGUUAAAAGGUAUAUAGUCCAGGAUAUCGAGGUUUUCACCUCAGAUUUCCAUGAACCUGCAUCGAUUUUAUUGAAAUUUCGACAGCAUGUGUGAAUACAUCAAAAAGAAAAAUCUACCCUACUUCAAUGUGUGCUUUUGCCCUAGGGGUGAGCUCCACUCCAACUAGUGAGUGAAUAUUUUUAUGUCGAAAAUAACCGCGGAUUAACUUAUAAGCAAAAAAUGUUCUUAGCAUUAUUUUGUGAAAAAUCAAGUUUUUUAGUAAUGCGCGGUUUUUCAUUAAAAUUUAAAUACUUUUGGUUUUAUCAGAAAAAGUGUAAUAAACAAAAAUGAAGCUCAUAAAAAAUAGAGAGAUUGGUUUUUUUGAAUUUGCUUAUAUUAUACAAAUAAAUCAUACAAUUGAUUUAUUGAAGGUUGAAUAUUUUUAUCGAACGAAAAUUUUUUAAAAUUCAACCUCAAGUAACGAAAAAACGGUCAACUUUUUGAGUAAUUGCAUAUAAUCUUUUUCAAAGUACUAUUUUAAAAAAGCUUUAAAAUGAGAAAAAACUAAAAAAGUUAUAGCCGAAAUAAAAUCGAUUUAUAUUUUUUUUUGUGGAGAUAAACCUCAAUUCCACCCUUGGCAAUAGUACUUAAAUUCCAUUAAAAAUAUAAUCCAAUGAUGAUUUAUUUUAUUCACAUAAGGAUAAUGAUUUCUGGAAGUUUGAACGAUUUCGAAAAAAAUUAUGUUCAAGUCGAAAAAUCAUUUUCGAAAUUAUCAAAAAUUUCUCCUUUUUUUUAAAUUUCUGAAAAACUAUGGGAUAUACAUAAAAAUUGAUAGGGAACAAAAAGUUAGUAUUUUUUCUAACAAUUAUUUUGUUUUUUUCAAACUUCCAAAAUAACAGAUAUGACCUUAGAACUUGUACCCUAAUGUAUGACUGAUACUAUUUUCGAACCCUUUAAACGAUGCCCCCUAAAAUUGUAUAAGUACGUCUGUAAAUAUUUUUUUCAAUUUUUUCCGAAAUAGAGAAUGAUUUAUAGGGGUUAAAAAUUAUGAAUACAAAAUAUUCGAGUCAAAACAAUGAAAAGAUGUCUAUGUAAAAUAAAUAAAUCAUCAAAAGCAAUAAAAACGUCUAUAAAGAUUUUUUUUCAAUUUUUUUCGAAAUAAGGAAUGAUAAGAGUUGAACAUUUGGGACGCAAAAUAUUUGAGUUGAACACAAACAGAGUCAAUUUAAUAUAAGUAAGCUACCACAAAGUAAUUGAAUAUUUUUUUAAAUUUAUCUUAACUUGGGGUGGGGGUGCUUUAUAAUGGAUGAAAUACAUCAAGCAGCAAUACCAUAUAAAAGCCUCAAUCAACUUUUAUUCGAUCCUUAAAAAUAUUUUUCUACUCAUUAAAUGCCUAUACUUACAAUUUUUUUGAUUUUUUGCAAUAAGGUAGUUUUUACCCCUAAGAGUAAUAAGCACAUAUCAGCAAAUAUUUACUCAUAGAAAUCCGAGGUAAUAUCUCAUUUUUACCUUGGUCGCCUGGACUAAUAUAAAUUAUUUAAAAUAUUUUUCAGUAUGUCAGAAAUUGUUUUUACAUUAAUUGUUGAAUCAUUGAUCUAGUUUUGGUUUGUAGGUAAGGUUUUCUCGAAAUAUCAUUUUGUUUAUUUCCAUUCUUGGCUUGAAUGCAUUUGAGUUUUAGUCAUAAAUAUUAUCGAAAUAUUUUAUUAUUUUUUUAAUGCGUAAGAUUACAAAAAUAUCACCAUACUUGUGUAAUAGGCCUACAAAAAUGUAGACCAAAGACUGUAAAUUUGUAAUAUACGACAUUUAUACGCCUUUGAAA